AUGAAGACGCAAGUAUUUGCCGAGUGUGAGGAGCAAAAGGAGCGCGUCAAAGCGUGCUACGGCGGCUGGUUCCAACGCCUCUGGGGCGGCGCCUUUGACCAGGCCGACUGCGAGCGAGAGACGCAGGACUUUCGGCAGUGUGUGCACGACGCCAUGCAGCGCCGCAAGGAUGAGGCCAAGCACAAGCUGAGCGACGACGACUACAGCUGGAUGGAGCGGGCGCGAGACGAGGCGGACGACAUGGCGUCGAGUGCCCAGUCGAAGGCGCGUCAAGCACGUGACCGGGCCUAUGACGAGAAGGAGAACGCCAAGCACAAGAUGGAGGAGACGGCAUCGGACGCCAAGUCGAAGGCGCGUCAAGCACGGGACCGGGCUUAUGACGAGAAGGAGAGCAUGAAGGACAAGAUGCAGGACACGGCCUCGGAUGCCAAGGCCCGAGCGCGUCAGGCGCGGGACCGUGCCUACGAUGAGAAGGAGAAUAUGAAGGGCAAGGUGCAAGAGACGGCGUCGGACGCGACGAGCAAGGUCAAGGGGACGGCGUCGGAUGUGGCGCACAAGGUGCAAGAGACGGCGGACUCGUGGGCUGACAAGAUCAAGGGCCUGGCCAAGUAG